AUGAAGUCCACAAAGCCAUUCUUGAUCUUGGUUCUCCUUAUGGACAUUCUAGUUCUACACAUUGUGGCACAAACAAUACUAAAUGUAGAGGAAGAAACUAACAAUAAUGAAGUUGAUUAUGAAGCUCAUGAAGAAGAUGAUGACGAUUUUGGUCAUUCUUUUAGCGGCGCCGGCCGGUCGCUGAGGCAAAGAAAAGGCACUUGGAAUCUCAGGUUAACUUGUAAGAAGUUCCCUAAAAUUUGCCAGUCCAAGGGGAGCCCUGGACCGACUUGCUGCAAGAAGUGUGUUGAUGUGUUGAAGGACCGGAUGAAUUGUGGAAAGUGUGGGAAGAAGUGCAAGUUUAAUGAGAUUUGUUGCCGAGGGAAAUGCGUUAAUCCGUCGUUCAACAAGAAGCAUUGCGGCCGAUGCGGCAAUCGCUGUGACAAAGGAGAGUUUUGCUCUUUUGGUCUGUGCAAUUAUGCCUAG